AUGCCAGCAAAUAACCGACACUUACACUUUGGGGUAAGUAAACCACGAUCAACCGCAUGGCAUCUCAAAAUAAAAGAACAAUACCGAAGCACUUCCAACAUUACGUGGUUGAGUGUUGUAGAAGUAAACCCGCCAUUGGUCACCUAUUUAGAGGAUUAG